GACACGUAUACACAGCCCCCGCCAUUUUCAUUUCUCAAGUCUUCAACGACCGCACCAAUCUCUUCCUUUCCCAGCCACGCUCAUAUACGGUUGUCUGCAUAAAUUAAAAUCUUAUAAACCCUAAUUUAACUCUCGAUUAAGCAGAAAAUAUGGAUCCGGGUUUCCCGAUUGCGAUCAUUUCGGUUCUUCUCGGAGCUCUGAUUGCUACUCUCUUCUUCACAAGCUACUUCCUCAAAAGACAAUCAGAAAUUAAAUCCAUCGCCAAACCGGAGCUCCAUUCCGAUCCUAAGAAGCCCGCAAAACCCACUCACCAACUCAACAGAAAAUCUCACAAUAAACCUCACCCUCACGCAUCCGAUAAGGAUCAAAUUAAGAAACAUCAUCCGUUGGAUUUAAACACAUUGAAAGGUCACGGAGAUUCAGUUACUGGACUGAGUUUCUCUGAUGAUGGACGGAGUUUAGCAACAGCUUGUGCAGAUGGAGUUGUCAGGAUUUUUAAGGUGGAUGAUGCUUCAAGUAAAAGUUUCAAAUUUUUGAAGAUCCAGUUACCUGCUGGAGGAGUUCCAGUGGCAGUCACAUUUUGUGAUGAUGCUUCUUCAGUCGUGGUGGCUGCACAGAUGCUGACUAGUGCAUCUUUAUAUAUGUAUGCAGAAGAGAAGCCCCAAAAGAGUAAUGAUCCUAAGCAGCAACCCAAGCUUCCUCUUCCUGAAAUCAAGUGGGAACAUCGCAAAAUUCAUGACACUCGGGCUGUAAUUUCCCUCGUUGGAACUGCUGCAACGUAUGGAAGUGCUGAUGGAAGUACGAUUGUUGCCUCUUGUUCUGAGGGUACUGAUAUAAAACUUUGGCAUGGGAAGACUGGGAAGAUUUUGGGAAAUGUUGAUUCUAAUCAACUGAAGAACAACAUGGCUGCUAUUUCACCAAAUGGACGCUUUAUUGCUGCUGCAGCUUUUACUGCAGAUGUGAAGGUUUGGGAGAUAGUAUAUUCAAAGGAUGGUUCAGUGAAAGAGCUUCCAAAAGUUAUGCAGCUUAAAGGACACAAGAGUGCAGUCACUUGGUUAUCUUUUAGUCCGAACUCUGAGCAAAUCAUUACAGCCUCGAAAGAUGGAUCAAUAAGAAUCUGGAACAUCAAUGUGCGAUACCAUCUUGAUGAGGACCCGAAGACUUUAAAGGUGUUUCCAAUUCCACUUCAUGAUUCACAUGGUUCCACUUUGCAUUAUGAUCGACUCAGUUUAUCCCCUGAUGGGAAGAUAUUGGCAGCAACCAGUGGUACAUUGUUGCAGUGGUUGUGCAUAGAAACUGGGAAGGUUCUGGACGCAGCUGAUAAAGCCCAUGAUGGUGAAAUCACAUGGAUUGCAUGGGCGCCAAAGACGAUCUCAACUGGUAAUGGUCAAAAUAUGGUGUUGGCCACAGCCAGUGUCGACAAGAAAGUAAAAUUGUGGGCAGCUCCAUCACUGCAUUCAACCUAAUGUUAAACGCGACAAACCGACAAAGAGAGUUUUUUGAUUUGCGAUGUCGGUGGUCAUAGCUCCAUGAGUUUUUUGAAACUUAGAAUCCUUGUUAUAUAUUAACCACUGGAGAAAGCUAAUUGUAGCACAAAGUUGGCUAAAUGCGAAUACAGGUUGAAAUUGAGAAAUUGUGUGGCUUGUUGUAAUAGAACUUUUACGGAAUUAGACGAUGAGUUAUUUUUCUAGUGGCAAAAUUUUUGAUGGGAUAAAAUUGGUGUUCAAAUUCAUGUCUGGUGAGGUUUUUGAA